GACGUAUUCUGCUCACAUGGGAUCGAACCCUUACGGUUACGAUUGCGGUUCCGGUUACAGAUCUAUUCUGCGUUGGCCUUAAAGCAACCUACGCAACGCAGACUUUUCGGAACCUAUUGGAAGAGGCCUUAACGAAAAUUUUCUAUUGCGGAGUCAACCUUACAUACAACCUAUAACGGAUAUAUUUUUUCAAAUAUAAUAAGCCAUUAUUGAAGUCUGCUGUCAUUAAUAUAUUGUUUACUCGUGAAGUUUGUGUUGAAAAAAUAAUAAAAACAAAAAGAAAAAAGUUGAGGAUAUCGUAAAUAUUAUAUUAACAAAAAUGUUUCUUUAUAUCACAGGUAAUAUUUAUAAGUUAAUAGUGCAUUAUGAGUUUUGAAGAUAUAGAAAUUAACGAGAAGAAAAAUAUACUGCCGAGUCAUAGUUUUGCAAUAGUCAAUUCCACUUAAUGCACAUUAUAUUUAUUAAGAAUUAAUUUAAUUAAAUAUUCUUUUAAGAACAAACAAAUAAUGUCAAACAUCGACAGCCGGGGUAUUAAACGCGGCAAUUGUUCUUGUGGCGAAUGCGAUGAGUUCACCGUACACGUGGGUGCUGCUUCUUCAAUGAUUUGUGGCUAUUGUGGUUGCUUCCCAACAAAGCACGCAAAAUUAGAUGAGAAGAAUUCGAAUGAAAAUUUUGGUUCGACUGUGCACACCUCUGACAACGGUAUUCAAGGCGCGGAAAAGGAAAUAGUUUUUUCCAAAAAUACAACAGAUGACACUGAAGAAGAUCGAGUUGAAAAUAUAGGAGUGGAUAUUGAAGAUGAUAAUCAAUCAAACUCGUCAUCAAUAAUCGAAGAAGAACACAAUGAGAACCAUAGUGAGAACGAUUAUUCCAAUCUUCCAGAAGAAGUCCAAAAUCAACUGGUAAACAUUGGGGAAAUAAUCCCUCAAAAUUUCAAUGAUGAUUAUUAUGAAGACAUAAUGAAAGAACUAUUCGAAACAAAAAUCGAAAAGGUUAAGUUCUGUAAAAUAGUUAGAAUUAUUGCUGACAAGUUAAUUGACGCGAAAAGAACCUCUACAAGUGACAUUCUACAAGCAGCAAUUAUCUCGAGUAAUAGAUUUCCAGGUCUUCAAGGAAAGAACGGUAUACCUCAUAGAAGAAUAGAAAUACGCUUAAAAACUUGUUUAAAGAAUAAAAGAAACCGAACUAAACAAAUAAUGCAUGAAAAUAAAGGUAAAAAGACGAAUGAAAAUUCGAACGAUUGUGAUGAGCAAACUUUGGAAAUAAAUUUAGAGAUGUUAAUAGAGGAAUUCGGAAAAACUCCUAUCAAUGUCAGUAAAAUGAAGAAGUUGCUUGAAAAAACUCGAAAUCUAAGAACAAGCGAGGCUAAAACUAAAACGGCGAAGCAAAUGCUGGAAAAGUAUCCAAUUUUACAGGAAACUAAAUUUCUUCUUUGGGAAUUCGGCCAAAUAGUCAACUUGUCAGAAAACAUAAUGAAAAACAAUUUGACAAACGCUUUGCCAAAAUUGUUAGCAAUUCUCCCAAAUGUUGAUGACGAAUCUGUUACCGAAAUGAUGUUUUUGAAAAAAAUUGAUUUCUUUUUUCCAUCUGCAAAAAAGAAAUCUAUCCGUAAGAAACGUAAAAUCGUUGAAAUUCUUAAGGAAUCUGAUGGCGAGAGUAUUUCCGAUGUUCCAACAACAGAUAAAGCUCCUUACUUAAUCAUCUUCGAUGACAAUGAUGAGACAGUAAAAUGUUACGUGGAUGCUGAGCCUCUUUUUGUCGAGAAACCUGUAGAUGCUAUUCUAUUACUUUUAGCAACAUACUGGGUUUUUGAUAUUGAUUUCGACAAAGAUUUUCAUCAACAAACAUUAUUAUUAUGCCUAAUAGUUUUUGUCGAACAUGCUCAACGCAUCCUGGGACCAUACGGAAUUGAAUCCAUAACCGUAAACAACAUUUUGUCAAAAGCUGGCUUAUAAAAAGACUACCAAAUUUUAGUAAUUUUCUUACCGAAUAUUUUAAUAUUUGUUACAGGUUUAAAAGUCUUAAUAUUUUUAAAAAUAGAGACAAAAUAUUUUCUUUGUGUUUUAUAAUUUGUUAGUUUUAUGUGGUAAAUAUUUAUUUUAAAAAUGUUUUAAACAUUUUUUCAAUUUUUUUUUUUUUUUUUGAAGUCUUCAAUGUUUUAAUAUUAUAUAAGAGAAUUUAAAUAUUGUUUACCAAAAAUGUGUCUUCACUUUUCAGUAUUAUGUAUUUCGUAAUAUUUUA